UUAACAAACGGCAGCGUUUCAGCUCGAUGGACCGGAGACGCAGCGGCGGGAUAUCACAGGGGAGAGAAACUGAACGCGGCAGGCACAUGCUUCUCUGUCUCCGGCCCUGAACACGAGCGCGGCUCGAGUAUUCUUCUCAUCUCGCAGCAAAGUAGAAAAUGCGUAAGGGUGAGGACGAUGAAGACAUCGAAACGGGUGCUUUGGUGGUUGAAAAAGUGGGAGGCCGGUCAACGGCGACUAGAUGCUUCUCAAAAUAUCCUCUCAAGUUUAUCUUACCCAGAAAGGUAGGUUCUUCGGAAACUGAUGCUGUAUGGAUUUACUCACUUACCUAUGGAGGCGGAAUUGUAUCUGGUGAUCGCAUUUCAUGCAAGCUUUCUGUGGGAAAUGCUUGCACCGCAGUGUUAACCACCCAAGCUUCCACUAAGGUUUAUAAAUCUGUGGGAUCAAAGUGCUCUGAACAAGUAUUGGAGGCAAGAGUUGGGAGCGAUGCAUUCUUAGCCAUUAUUCCAGAUCCAGUGACAUGUUUUUCCACUGCAAGAUACUCUCAGAAACAAGUCUUCAGAGUAUCUACAGACUCAAGUUUGGUCAUUGUUGAUUGGUUCACAAGUGGGCGCCAUGAAAGUGGAGAAAAAUGGGACUUCAAUUUUUACCGAAGCAUGAAUAACAUAUUCUUAGAAGAUGAUCAACCUUUGCUUCUAGAUACGAUUUUAUUGGAUACAGAAAAAGUUGGCCGUGUGGAAGGUUACAUGCAGAACUACCAAGUAAUUGCAAUGAUUGUACUCCUAGGGCCAAAGCUGCAGCAUGUUCAGAAUCUAGUGCAAGAUCAUGUGAAAAGAAUAAUGUCCGAGCAAUUACUACACCCUUCCGCAACUUUGAGCCAUCAAACUAGAAGAAAUUCUGAGUACUGCAUGUCAAAACCAAGCUUCAUUGCAUCUAGCAGCUUCUUUGGUCCAAAGAGAACCGGUCUUAUUGUUCGGGUGGCUGCUGUGACCACUGAAUCAGUUUAUCAGUUCCUGCAACACCAAUUGGCUCCCUUGGAGCCAAUGCUAGGAGUUCCACCAUACAGAUAAGUAAUGCCUUCUCCACCAACGGCUCAUAAUGGGUUUAAGUAGCCUUGACUUUUAUGUACCAUAACUCCACAAGUUGUAUUCCCUGUAUUUACUGUUGGCGUCAAUUUGGGUCAUCACAUUAGAAGACCAUGUUUGGUUUAGGCAAUGGAAUGUGCUUUCAAUUGAUUCGGUACUUUGUAAUAUCUAUUAUGUUGUUUCAUAUUUUAAUAGUUUUUAUUUUCACUAUUUUUUUUUUAUGUAAGUGCACCACGAUUUUCUCUUUUGUUUGAAAUGAUUUUCUUCGUUA